AAAGUAGGAAAUCUAAAAAAAAUGUAGACACGUAUAAAAGAAAAAAAAACGUGUUUGAAACGACAUGCAUAAGCAAAAUUGUCAUAAUUAUUUAUUAUUUUCAUUAUUCUAUAAAAUAUACCCGGUAUAUAUUCGAGUAUUACACACAAUGUGCAAAGUAAAAAAAUUAGCGGUAAUUGAUUUGUAAGGAUUGGUAAAAUUACGUUGGUCGUGAAAGAGGUUGUAAGAGGUGGUUUACGACGUUUACGUUUCUAGCAGAAAUCAAUUUUCAGUGAAGAUGACUGCACAAGGAUCACCGACCAAAUCGAAGGAAUUACGUUUGCCUAUGUCAAGAGUGAAAACGAUUAUGAAAAGUUCUCCUUACGUUGACACAAUCGGCCAGGAUGGAUUAUAUGUAGUCACGAAAGCUACGGAACUAUUCAUACAUUAUUUAACAGAGGAAGCACAUUUACAAGGGAAUAAAGGCAAUUCUUUAGAUUAUAAAAAUCUAGCAGAGGUGGUACAAACUAACGAUACUUUGGAAUUUCUAAGAGAAAUAAUGCCUAGGAAAAUAACAGUGAAACAAUUUAAAGAAAUGAUGGCAGCCAAAAAUAGGCACAGUAGCUCAGAGAGUAGUACAGAUUCGGACAGUGAUAGUGAUUCAGAAACAGAUUCUUGUACAGACAGCGAUGAUAGAAAACCAGAGGAAGGGAGCUCGUCAAAUAGUGAUGAAGAAAGUGAAACAAAGGAGAAUGGUAAAUGUGACUUGGUCAGUGGAAAGAGUGAGAACGAGAAUGAAACUAAAAGAUAAGGAAGUGGACAUGGAGUUUCAUUUACAUUACCAUAAAUAGGUUUAGAUUAUAUAAGGAAAUUGCUUAUACUUCAUUGAAAAAAUGUGGUUGUAGAUAAAUGUUUGGUGUUUAUCAGUAUUUAAUACCAUAGAUGGAGUAAGAACAAUAAUUAUAGGAAUUGAGCAUUAUUUUUAUAUGUAUUCAAUAAGAAAGAUUAUCACAUACUAUGUAGGUACAUUACAGAAACAUUGUAAGCAUUUGUACAAAGGAA